UCGAUUGUCAUAAUAUUUUCAACCAUUCCAGUUCCUAUAUGGAAGCGAACUCGAAAAAUUUUAGAUCUAAGCUUCAAGCAGCACAUAUUGGACGACUACCUCCAACUGUUCAAAGAACGCGCUGAGCGGUUUGUUGAGACGCUCGCGGAAGAUGUUGGUCAAGGUGAAGUGGACCUCAUCCACAAAAUCACAAGGAGUGUUUUAGAAACAUCAUGCCGUAAGUUAACUACUUUGGGAGUAAAUCUCGAUGGCAAAGAUGAAGUUAAUGAUAACUACGCCAGGGCACUUAAUGAGAGUUUCAAUAUUCUCUCUGACAGAAUCUACAAACCUUGGUUCAUGAUUAAUCCAAUCUUCAACUUGUCCAACAGAAAAAAGAGGUUAGACAAGUUACUCGAAGCAGUGGCUAGCUAUACGAAGGAAAUAGUGCAUCAAAGAAUGAAGGAAUAUUUACAGCCUUUGCAAGAGAAAGAGAACUUCAGUUACAAAGGUAUGAAAAUAAUCAAUGCUUGGUUAUACAACCAUUGGUAUUAUGGCAGCCAUCUAAGCGUCUUAGACGUAAUGUUAGGAAACUCUGUGACUGACACCAAUUUCCUCUUCACUGAUGUUGAGCUUAGACGCAUUAUGGACACUGUGCUGGUCGGUGCUUUCGAUACCACUAUCCACCAGAUGCUCUACGUUUUGAUCUGCAUCGGUAGCAGCCCUCAAGUACAGGACAAGAUUAUCCAGGAGAUGAAUGCCGUUUUAGGUAAAGAUGGGCAGCUUGAAAAGGAGAAUCUGUCUCAAAUGGUAUAUUUGGAUGCAGUUGUCAAAGAAGUUACCAGAUUAUAUCCUAUUGUUCCAGUGAUAGGGCGAGAUGUGAGAACACCCACAAAGUUGCGUAAUGUGACGAUUCCAGCUGGUAGUUCUGUUGUUGUACAUGUAUGGAGUACAAAUAGAAACACAAAAUAUUGGGGUCCAGAUGCAGAAGAAUUUAGACCAGAAAGGUGGUUAGAUUCCACAACUGUACCAAACCAUCAAGCUGCAUAUGCUACGUUUGGGCCAGGAAAAAGAGGAUGUGUUGGUAAGUUACUCACCUUACGUUGUAAAUCAUAUGCGCUAAUGUAUUUGAAAGCAACCGUCGUAGCAUUACUGCGCAAGUACAAGCUCACGGCAGAUCACAUGAAAAUGAAAUUAGAAUGUAAAGUAAUGCUUAAACCUGUGUCAGGCCAUUUGAUUAAAAUUGAGAAGAGAAAUGAAGAUAUACAAAUAAAGUGA